AUGACACUACCUAUGCCAACUAUGCCUGAACGGAAGAAACUAUUGCACUAUUUUUUAAAGAAAGAGCUCGACUUAGAUGAAACAAUGUUGGAUGAAUUUGCAACUUAUAUCAGCUUUCGAACUUCUGGUUAUGUGGCAAGGGAUUUAAAGUUACUUGUUAGACAACUAAAAUUGAAACAAAAACGAAUGAGUCAACACAAGGAUAUGUAUCCCGACGAUCAAACCUUGAUAGAGCAAUUUGAACAGCUGGAAGUAUCAAAAAAGGACGAUAAUGGAGAUUUAGUUUCUGAAUUCGAGCGACUUGAUUUGAGCAAGGAUAGUAGAAAUCGUCAUGAUAAGCAGACUCUUCUUCAAAUACAAGAUAUCGACACGAUUUUUGAGUCAUUUAAACCCCCUUCUCAACAACAACAACUCUCUAAUCACGAUCAGAAAAUGGAAUCCACUUUACCUAAAAAGAGAUGGGAUGACAUCGGCGGCUAUACUGCUAUUAAAAAUAAGAUCAAACAGUCUAUUUUACUACCGUUGCUACAGCCUCAUCUCUUCACAAAAUUAGGUAUAAAGCCUCCGUCGGGUUUGUUGCUCUAUGGGCCAUCAGGCUGCGGUAAAACAGCUCUUAUUCAAGCCUUAAUCACCGAAUAUAUGAUGAUGAAUAUGAUCGUUAUCAAAGGACCCGAAAUUUACUCCAAAUAUCUUGGCGAGACCGAGCAUAAGAUUCGUCAAAUAUUUCAAAGUGCCAAACGGUUAGCGCCUUGUAUCAUCUUCGUGGAUGAAAUGGACUCUAUUGGUACGAAAAGAGGUUUCGAUUCAGCAGAUUCAGGAGGAGGAGGAGUCAAUGAACGUGUCUUGAGUACAUUGCUGAAUGAAAUGGAUGGUAUUGAGACGAGACAAGGUGUCAUCGUCAUUGGAUGCACGAAUAGACCGGAUCAAAUAGAUGAUGCUAUCUUGAGGCCUGGGCGUUUGGAUCAACUGAUCUAUGUUGGUCUACCCGAUACCGAGGAUCGUGUCGAUAUCAUAAAGAAACUGAUAAAGAAAGUUUCAGUAGCACCAGCAACGGAGGAAAAUGAUCAGAUGAAGAUAGAUUACUUGACGUUAGCAAAAAAAUUAGAAUUUUGUACAGGAGCAGACAUUGAAAAUUUAUUCAGAGAGGCGGGCACAUUAGCACUAAGAAGAGAUAUCAAUGCAGACUAUAUCACAAUGAAAGAUAUUGAUGAUGUUAUCACACCUAUACUGGAAAGAGCAGAAGAUCAAGUUCUGAAGGGCAAUCUUGACAUUUUUGAAAGAUUCCUGAAAGAACACUCUUAA